AUUCAAUGGCCACGGCAAAUGUUGUAGACUAAUUAAUGACAAUGCAUCAAUUUAAAGGCUCUAAAAAAUACAAAAUAGUGUACCACUGUGUCUUAAAAUGUUCUAGUUAGGUUUACAGAGAAAAAGACGUAAAGCGAAACACGUUUUUUGUUCGACUAUUUCCGCCGAGUUCGACUAUUUCAGCUAAGCUCUUCAGUCCCUCCAUUUUGUUGUCUGUUGUGUGUGCUGUUGGCAAGAGAAGUGCAGAAAACGGUUGUUUAUAAGGAUAUUCUAGCAAUGGACGGUAUUGGAGAUGUUGCAGUUGGUGUAAAGAGAGGAUCAGAUGAACUGAUAUCAAGCAGUGUCUACAACAGUGGUUCUGACAGUAUCACUGAUGGGACAGCCAAUGGGAACGACAGUAAAGCCAAUGGGAGCGACAGUAAAAAGCUGAGAGUGGAAGACCGGAUGGAAGCACCUCCCUCUCGUGUGCUGCACAUCAGAAAACUGCCCAAUGAAACUUCAGAAUCGGAGGUCAUUGCCCUGGGGUUACCUUUCGGGAAGGUCACCAAUAUCCUGACGCUUAAGGGGAAAAACCAGGCUUUCUUGGAGCUGGGGACAGAGGAAGCAGCAAUAACCAUGGUCAACUACUACUCCACUGUGACACCUCAUGUUCGUAACGUCCCCGUAUUCAUCCAGUACUCCAACCACAAAGAACUCAAAACAGAUAGUGGAAACCAGCGGGCCCAGGCGGUCCUGCAGGCGGUGUCGGCGGUCCAGGGGGGAGGUACCCCUACAUCAGAUCUAACGGAGGCGUCCAGCCCUGUGCUCAGAAUAAUCAUUGACAACAUGUUCUACCCAGUCACUUUGGAUGUGCUGCAACAGAUCUUCUCAAAGUUUGGCACUGUCAUGAAGAUAAUCACAUUCACCAAGAACAAUCAGUUCCAGGCCCUGCUGCAGUUCAACGACCCACCGACUGCCCAGCAAGCCAAAGUAGCCCUGGAUGGACAGAACAUCUACAACUCGUGCUGUACGCUCCGCAUCGACUACUCCAAGCUGGUCAACCUGAACGUCAAGUACAACAACGACAAGAGCCGUGACUACACCCGGCCAGAGCUCCCUGCCGGGGAUGGACAGCCUGCCAUAGACCCCAACAUGGCUGCUGCCUUCCAAGGCAAGGACUCCAACUCUCUGCUCGGUGCCCUGAGCCCGCUGAAUGCUGCGGCUGCGGCUGCUGCUGCUGCGGGGAGGGUGGCUCUGUCUGGUCACUCUGGUUCCGGCGGCGUGCUCCUGGUCUCCAACCUCAACGAAGAGAUGGUUACGCCCCAAAGUCUGUUUACCCUCUUCGGGGUGUAUGGUGAUGCCCAGAGGGUGAAGAUCCUCUACAAUAAGAAAGACAGUGCUCUGAUACAGAUGGCUGAUGCCAACCAAGCCCAGCUAGCUAUGAGUCACCUGAACGGGCAGAAGAUGUAUGGGAAGGUGAUCAGGGUGGCUCUGUCCAAGCACACCUCAGUGCAGCUGCCCAGGGAUGGACUGGAUGACCAGGGCCUCACCAAGGACUUCACCAACUCUCCCCUGCACCGCUUCAAGAAACCCGGCUCCAAGAACUUUCAGAACAUCUUCCCUCCCACCACCACCCUCCACCUCUCCAACAUCCCAACGGACGUAACCGAAGAAGACCUCCGACUGCUGUUCUCCAACGCCGGGGGAACUGUGAACGCAUUCAAGUUCUUCCAGGAUCACAAAAUGGCGCUGCUCCAGAUGUCGACGGUGGAAGAGGCCAUCCAGGGUCUGAUCGACCUCCACAACUACAACAUGGGAGACAACCAUCACCUGAGAGUCUCCUUCUCCAAAUCCACCAUCUAAACUUGCGUAAUGAUCGAUCCUCCACAACAUCCACUGCUUUCUGUUUCCCUAACAGCUUUUGGCUGGCGUUUUGUUAACCCUGUUGACUCGUUCCAGACUCUGGGGGACCACAUUUUGACCUUUGACCUCAUUCUUUUUUUUUUUAUCAGUCAUUCCUUCAGAGAGAACCAGAAACUGAAAUCGGGGGAAGAAAUCAGGGGGAAAAAAUAGUUGUACUUUGAUGUUUUGAGGAUAUUUUAACCCCUUCACAUGAUCCUGACCCCUGUGUUAAUCCCAUAUCCCCUUCACAUGAUCCUGACCCCUGUGUUAAUCCCAUAUCCCCUUCACCUGAUCCUGACCCCUGUGUUAAUCCCAUAUCCCCUUCACCUGAUCCUGACCCCUGUGUUAAUCCCAUAUCCCCUGAUCCUGACCCCUGUGUUAAUCCCAUACCCCCUUCACCUGAUCCUGACCCCUGUGUUAAUCCCAUAUCCCCUGAUCCUGACCCCUGUGUUAAUCCCAUAACCCCUUCACCUGAUCCUGACCCCUGUGUUAAUCCCAUAUCCCCUUCACCUGAUCCUGACCCCUGUGUUAAUCCCAUAUCCCCUGAUCCUGACCCCUGUGUUAAUCCCAUAACCCCUGACCCCUGUGUUAAUCCCAUAACUCCUGACCCCUGUGUUAAUCCCAUACCCCAUUUUGUAUGAUCAGCGAACUGUUUGCGUUUUCUACCUUCUCAUAAUGAAGGAUGGAUGAAUGGACAUGGGCGUCUCUUCUGAUUAUGAUUAGUUCUACAAGAUAUGUGCCUUACCUGACUAUCAACUAUUUUUACAUCCAAAUAUUGACAUGAAAUCCCUGUCUGAUUUUGAGGCACAUUAAUUUUGAUGUGAACUGUGUUAACAUGAUUUUUCUCUUCUCCCGACUGUGUAGUUUGUACGUUUCUGCCACCCGAGUUUCGCCUUUUCAGUUGCUGUUCAAUUUGUGCAGGUUUUUAUUUUCUCUUUCGUAAAAAGUCACUGGUUGUUGUGGAGUGGGGAAUAAUAUGAGAUCGAAGUUGAAUCAGUGUUGUUUUUUUUGUUUUUAUAGCUAACUUGCUUGAAGGUUUCUUGUAGACUUACAACCAUCAAAUACCGCUUUAACCCUAGUUUCAAUCUGUAUGAUCAUUUUAAUGUUAUUUUCCCCUUCUUUUUUUUUUUUUUUUUUUUUUUUUAGUUUACACAUUUACUAAAAUAGUCUUAAUGUUGCUAUUCUUUAUAGGUUGUUUUACUUUCCUAAUUUUUCAUUGUCACUUAUUAAUGUACAUGGGUAGGUGGUGAGUGGUUUUCUAACCUUCUACUGCCUGCUCUCUGGCUCUUGUGUAAUACUUUACUAAUUUGAACUGCACUUAACUGUCUCCAAUAUUGUCAUACACACGACAAAGCAAAUGUCGUGACGGUGUUAUGACUGUCUGUGACGUACAGUUCAAAUAAAGUGUUACCAAAACUCUGCUGUUGCAUUGGAGAAGAGGCUUAAGGAGUGUAGAACCUGUCGUGAUGUCAACCUGUUGCAGUUUUGAAGAGGGACAACCCUGGUUAGGACCAAAGUUUGUGCCUUUUUUAGUCUUUAAUUUACAGUUGCAUCGCCAAGGAAAGGAACAACAUUUGAAUGAACCUCUGAUUAUAUUUUGUAUAUUUGAAGAAGAAAAAAUAACGUAAUAUACAGGACCUGAUUCAGAAUCAACGACAUGAAUUCCUUUAUACGUUUAUUUUAAGCAGACCUACAUGUAAUAAUACCCACUAUGUUUUAUAGAGUCCCACAACCUCAACUUGCUGGAUAAAUGUAUCUGUUUUUCAAGAGAAAAGUCGUGUAUAUUUUCUAUGUUAGUUUAAUUUUUACAUCUCUGGAAAUGUAAGAUUCAGAUAUAGUUUGGAAGCGGCACAAUUAAAAUAAUUUUCUAACAAAGUCGGGAGAUUUUGGUCGGACUUGGUUGUGUUUGAGAUUUUCUCUCCCACUUUCUGUGUUGUAUUCUGCUUUUCCUCUGUAGCUCAAUAAACUUCUGUAUUCA